ACUCCAGUCUACCCAGUCGGCACCUCCUCUCAAUGCCAAGCCGUGCAGGAAGCCCUCGGCUGGUGCUACGUUGUCGCCGCGCCCUCCGCCGCGCUCCUCUUCUACUUCCGUAUCACUGCCAUCUUCGCCUUCCAUCGCCCGGUCGUCUUAUUCUUCUCCUUCUUGUGGCUCGGGGUCGUCGCCGGCGCCUUCACCGUACCCUUCUCCGUUACCGUCGCGCAGAUCGGCGAGACGCGGCGGUGCGUGGACGUGGACGUGGCGAGCUACAGCUCGUCCACGGUGAUUAUCAACUGGAUCAACGAUACCCUGAUUUUCUCGGCGAUUACGUGGAAGCUGCUAAGCUCGUCGAUGGUGGAGCAGACGUGGAAGGGAAGGAUGCGCUCGUUCGUGUCCGGCGCGGGGUUCUCUGAGCUCACCAGGGCCGUCCUCCAGGGCGGGCAGAUGUACUACCUCGUGACGGUCGGCUUCAACAUCGUCACCAUCAUCGGCCUGCUUGCGCCCAUACCGGCCACCUUCCACGCGCUUUUCACUGUGCCGAACCUCGCGCUGCAGAACGCGAUGGCGUGCCGCGUCUACCGGCAGCUCAAACUCGGGAUUAUCCGU